AUGGCAUUCCAUAAUAGUUGCUCCUCUGAUGAUUACACAAAUGAUGAAAUUGGAGAAAGUAAGAUGGAGCAGAAUACCAAAGAUUUUGUGAUUUAUGGAAACAUCUAUCGAAUUGAAACUCCAUUCAAUAUUCUAGUAGAAAUCGAUAUCUGGACAUUAAAUUUGGUCAAAAAGUAUACAUGCAAUGAGAAAAUAGAUAUUGAAAUUGUUAAUAUCAUUGAUUUUUCUUCUUAUAUUGUUUUGGUUCCUGUGACUAAAAAUUUAAUUGAAAUAUUAAAUUUAAAUGGUAUAUUGAAAAUCCAUUUACCUAAACCAUUAUGCCAAGAUUCAAUACCAUUCCCAAAUGAUUAUAUUGUUUCAAACUGUGACAACCUCAUAACUUUUCUAAUUGAAAAUACUUCGCAGCUAUAUGAAAUUCUACUUCAUUACAAAUCUUACUUUGAUGAUGGUCACUUAAUUAAACAAUGGUGUUUCACUCGACCACAUAUGGUUGAAGAUAAAGUAGUUCCUGAAGCGGGUGUUCCAGAAGUAGUAAGGACUACAUCGAUAGAAGAUAUUGUUGUUGAUGAUAAUAUCAUCAGUGAUAAUCCUAAUAACAUUCCUGAAAUAUCAUCAAUUGAACUCUGUCUUAAUAAACUACAAAUAUCAUAUUUGAUUGGUAAAGAAGGUUAUUGGGUCAAUUUUAUAAGAGAAUUCACAGAUGCAACUAUUAAAAUUUUACCUAUUCCAAAGAAAUUAACUGUGCAACAAAUAAGUUCACCAAGGUCUGUAUUUCAAACAAUUAUCGUAACAGGUACCUUAUUUGAAAUAACGAACACACUAACUUUAAUAGAAUCGACUCUGACGAAUAUGAAAUACUCAAGGUCAUGA